CCUAUCUUUUAUGGUUUACCUGCUUGUUUUUGACCCACUUCAAACAGCAGAGACACGCAGACGUUAGUAAAUCUGAUCCAGGAUCUGCUGUUCCUCCUGUUUAACUCGCAGCUAUGGGCGGACCCACAGAUCUGUGUUUAAAUAGUCAAGUUUCCUCCCUCAGCCUCAGCUCGGGCUAACGCCAUGUUGGCUGUUGUGACUUGACGUAUUUUUACUACGAACCUGACAGGAGUGUCUCCGUGCGCGCGCCGCUCCCUCCCCCCUUCCUCUCUCUCUCUCUCUCUCUUUGUACACCUCCAUUUUUUUUUCUUCUUUAAUUUUGUUUUGAUGGUUCUUGGAUGACAUUCGCGGAGCAUGCACACGUUUCUGCUUUUAAAGGGAGUGCUCGCAGCGUGAAAGAGUCGUCCGAAAUUCCUCGCUCGUGCGCGAGCGCGUGUGCCUUCCUUCCUCGUCGCGUGUGCGCCGCAAAAUGUCAGAUGUUCGCCUUUCCAACGCGAGCCCGACGGUGGAGAGGGUGGACGCCCGGCAGCCCGCCGAGAGCGUCCGCUCGGGCGCCCGCCGGAUGCUGUUCGGCAAGCCCGACCGGGAGGAGAUUCGGAGGUACGCGGACGCCUCGCAGCGGGAGAGCGUGCGGGAUUUCAGGGAGCGGUUUAACUUCGACCCGGUGACGGAGACGCCGCUCCCCGGGGGGGACUACGAAUGGAAGGCGGACGAGGAGGCACCGGAGUUUUACAGCAGGCUGCCCCACGGGAGUGAACGGCCGCCGCGGGGAGAGGCUCGAGACUCGCCCGGCCGCGGCGAGGAGAGCAGGACGAGGACCGAGUCCGCUCCAGAGACGAAGGGUUCGAGGAAACGACGAUCGGGAGCCUCCGGUUCCUGCUCCGAUGAGUGUCCGAAGAGAAGGUCGAAGUCGGACAGGGAUGAUGAUGAUGAUGAGGAGGAGGAGGAGGACUGUGUUGGAGGUGUGGUGAAGACAUCCAGCAGGCCUGAGGAUAACCAGGAGGUCCUGUAAAAUGCAGAGCACUGAGACCUGUUGCUGGUGGAUUACUGUAGGCUUUCUCAUCAUCUGACAGAAGAGACAAAAUGAAAAAUAUAAGAAAAAUUUAAAAAAAAAAAAGCAGCUUUGUAUCCUGAGGAAGAGGAGGAAGCUGCACAAAAAGCACUGAAGAUGUACACUAGAACUCAAAAUCAAUAUCCUCAAAAAGCAGCAGACAAUGUAGCAGUAUGCAAAUUAAUUUUUGCUCUUUUUAUUUUGUUUUUAUAAAAAGAAAAAUAUGUACUACCUAUGUUUCAAAUGUAGCAAUUAAGAAAGCAAUUUUUUUUGCUUUUUAUACAUUUUUUUAUGUGUGUGUGUGAGUUUGACUCUGGAAGCUGCAGUGCAAUUUCCAACAAAAUAAUGAUUCAUUAUUCAGGUAAUUGAAUAAUAAAACAUUUUUUUUAAAAGUCAGGGUUAAGUAUAAAUGUUUUUUCAUUCAAAUAUGUUUUGAAGACCCAGAUGGCCACACUGUAAACUGUAAGCCCAUCGAACUGACUUUAUAAAUACGAGUUUGUCCCUUUUUUUUGUGUGUUUUUGUUUAUAAACCUGUGGAUAGAGAGGUGUUCAAACUGCUGAGCAAUAUCCAACCAAAUUUCUGAAAUAACCCCAGAAGUUACUUUAAAUAAAGUUGCAGGUUACUUCCCAUUCAUGCUCCAGGGUAAGAGAGUAAAUAUUUUUUAAAACCACUGGGCGUUUUCUUUUUUUUUAUGCAAAUAUGUGAAUCAAAGAUUUGUUUUUGUGCUGUGGAAUUCAUGUGGAACAUGAAGUUGCACUAUUCAUUUUCUCRUUUUUAAUGAGGGUCAAGAAAAGAAAAAAAAGAGAAACUCAUUUUUUGUAAAACAUUGAAGUGUAACUUUUUUUUUGAUAAACACUGAAAGUUUAUUCUAACUUA